AUGAACCCUGUAACAGCUCCACCUAAUUACCAACUCUCCCAACUCACAGCUUUUAUGAAAGGCGAGCCCAAAGCAUUAGGGACAGUACAGAUCAUGAUUGGCAUUUGAACUUUUUUGUUUGGUAUCGUUUUAUCCACAUCCAGUAUUUCGCCAGGGUUCAUCAGUGGAAUCACUCUGUUGGGAUCACUUUUCUUUAUAUCUUCUGGCGCUCUGUCAGUUGCUGCAGCAAACAAGUCUAAUCCCUGUGUGGUGAAAGCUGCACUGGGAAUGAAUGUGGUCAGCGCUGUGGCUGCAGGUAUAGCUCUCAUUCUGUUUGUAGCGGAUAUGAUAAGUAGGUCAUGGUGUCAUCUCUAUUACUAUGACAGCAACUACCAUUGUGAUUAUUUCACUGCGCAUCUGUGGAAUGGAAUCUAUGGAGUGCUGUUUGUUUUCUCUCUUCUUGAGUUUAUCAUCUCUAUCUGCACUUCUAGUUUUGCCUGUAAAGCCACCUGCUGCACUGAGACCACAGUUAUAUAUUCACAGCCAAUGAAUCCACAGCCAAUGUAUUCACAGCCGACAAAUUCACAGCCAAUGUAUCCACAGCCAAUGAAUCCACCACCGAUGAAUCCACAGCCGAUGUACAAUCCUGCAUUCUACAAUCCACAGGCUCCACAGGAAUCAUCUUUAGUUACCUACAACAAAGUUUAAAUCAUAGUCUGGCUAUUUUCUUAAACAUAGUGUACAUCUGCAAUCAAAACCUGCUUCUAUCUCUUCUCUUCUACUCUUUCGAGCUUCACAUUGUUUAUCACAGUCUAACAAUCACUUAUCAAUCGUCUCUAAAUACAUUUGUUUUAUGU